GAUUUAUCACCCAUCUCGUUCUUAAUUAAAGAAAUAUUGAUAUUCUUACAGAAUGAGUCGGCUAAACAAAAUGUUCGGUGUGAUAUGGCAUCAUGAUUAGAACAUUGAGGCCUGAAGCGAGACGCCACACAGACGUGCUUAUUCUGCGCGGCGUGUGAAGUGAGACGAGUCGAGUCGUCUGUGUCACCCAAUUCCCGUCGGCGAAUGGGGUGACAAGAGUCGUUGUGAAUGAACUCAGAUGAACUCUCACUGCAUUCUCACGGUCGAUCCAGAUCGACAAAUGUCGUACACAAGUGACGUUUUCAUGCGAGAUUUGUCGAUACGUCCGGGGUUGUCGAGAGCGUUUGAAAAUAAAAAAUGGAAGUAAAGCGCGUACGUGUUACCAACCGGAAGCAGUUCCAGUUGCUUGUGGACCAAAUGGAAGCCCAUCCGGCGGUGGCCAAAGGGCUGAAAUUUUGUGUGGAAAGCGGAUACCGAAACGAAGCAGCAUACAACGGUGUGUGGAAAAAUAUCGCCACCGAAUUGAACAGCAUGGGACCGCCAAUACGAUCUCCUAAAGAAUGGCAAAAAGUAUGGACCGAUUUCAAGCUGAAAAUAAAAAACAAAUUGGUUCACAACAAACGCGAAGCCAAUGCAACUGGUGGUGGACCAAAUAAAAUGAAAGUUUUGUCCCCCAUCGAAGAGGCAGUUGCAAAGCUUUUAUCGCUUGAUAAAACAGUAAACCAUUCUGGUUCCACAUUCGGUUUACCCCGUCAUGUAACAAGCCCUAUCAAUCAACCGGGAUCGCCUCUUCUUUCAAGUACGCGGCAACAGUUAAUGAUUGAUGAGGCUAACUUGUUAGAAGAGGAGGAUCUACCGGAGUUAGACGAGCCAUCCGAUGAAGAAGUGGAAACCGUUGAGAACACCAGCACCCACCGUAGUACCGAGCGCACCACCAAUACAAAACAACGUAAGCGACAAGAUAAGAGCAACCAAGAUUUGCGGAAUGAGUUGCUGGUAGAACAGACCAAGUUAAUGAAGAAGAUAGCGGAGAACUCAACUGAGUGCGCUCGUUACGCCCGCAAGAUGUACAAGUUAAGAGAGGAAGAGUUCAAACAUCAACGCGAACAUUCACUACGAAAGGAAAACGAUAGAAAGGAAGAGUUGGAGUUCAAAAUGGAGCUAUUAAAAUACAAACAAAGAAAACUCGACCUUCUGGAGCGUAGGGAGAGGAAGCAUUGAAAGGUA